GCCGUACACUGCUCCAGGAGAAUCAUCGUCCCAUACCCGAAACCGCAGCAUUCGCUUGUGUCGCCGGCUUCCUCGUUGCACUCCAGUCGUUACCCGCCUCCGCCUCCACCUCCACACCUUGUCGGAAGGCAUAUCGUACCGCGGCGUGGCUCCCGUUAGCGGCGUAUAGCGGUUUCCUAGCUCAACCGUCUCAUCACCGAGCACGCGCGACAACUACACGCUUCCACACAUCGCACUUUACCCGCCGUCGCUCGAACCACUCGCGUCGCACCUACCUCAGCUGCAGGCCGACAAGCUGCAGUGUCACCGCCGGCGCAUCAUGGAAGACCUCAAGGAGAAUUUCAAAGAGAAGGCGGAGAAAGUGAAGGAGGGCGUCAAGGAGACAUUACUCGGAGUGGAAGAUGAGCUCCAGACAUCGGACCAGACGCGCGCGGAGUUCAUGAAAUAUGCGAAAAAGGACGAGGGGAGCGAAGAGUGGUACAUGGGCGAAAGCGAGUUCAUCGAUGCUGUCGCACCGGCCGGCGAGGAUUAUCAUAAAAUCAAGCGCGAACAGUAUGGGCUUCUCUUUCAAAUUGCCGAUCGCCAGGGCAAGUCCAGAGUUGCACUGGGGGACUGGAACGUCUUCAAUAACCUCCUGAAGAAGCCGGAUGCGGAGUACGAGAUCGCGUUCCGCCUCUUCGCAGAUCCAAGUUCGGGACUGGUCGAUUUCAACUCCUUCAAGGAGGUCUACGCCAAGAAUAAGACAUCCAGCACUAUACCUUUCAACUGGGACAGUGACUGGGCAAAGCUCUACUUGGGCGGUAAGCGUCACCGCCACUCCAUGACAUAUCCCCAGUUUGCCCAAAUGCUGCGAGGCCUACAAGGAGAGCGCGUGCGCCAGGCGUUCCUGUACCUUGACAAGAAUGGCGAGGGAUACAUCGAGCCCGAGGAUUUCCAGCGCAUCAUUGUGGAAACGGCAUCACACAAGCUUUCCGACCACCUGUUGGUCAAUCUGCCCACACUCUGCAAUAUCUCACCCGGCUCGCGGAUAUCAUACGCAAAUGUUCGCGCUUUCCAAAAUAUCCUUCGUGAGAUGGACGUGGUUGAGAUGGUCAUCAGACAUGCUGUCCUCAAGUCGAGCGAUGGAAAGAUCACUCGCGUUGAUUUCCUGAAUGAGGCGACCCGCAUCACGCGCUUCUCACAGUUCACGCCAAUGGAGGCUGAUAUCCUGUUCCACUUCGCCUCCCUCGAUCAGCCUUCUGGACGACUCGGACUCAAUGACUUUGCUCGAGUGCUUGACGCCAGCUGGCACGCUAAGGUCAACGACCCCACAGCGAACGUCUCGGACAUUGCUCAAAAGGCUGUAGUCAAGUCUCAAAGUUUUCUCCACGAUGUUCUGGUCUCUGUGCAUCACUUCGGCCUCGGUAGUAUCGCGGGUGCUUUUGGUGCAUUUAUGGUCUAUCCUAUCGAUUUGGUCAAAACUCGCAUGCAGAACCAGCGUGGCUCUGGUGUCGGACAAUUGCUGUAUAAGAACAGCAUUGACUGCUUCUCCAAAGUCAUACGCAAUGAGGGUGCUCGUGGUCUCUACUCUGGUGUUCUACCCCAGCUCAUUGGUGUGGCUCCCGAGAAAGCUAUCAAGCUCACUGUCAACGACAUUGUACGUGGCAAGUUCACAGAUGCGAAGAGCGGUGACAUCAAAUUCUGGCAAGAAAUGAUUGCUGGAGGCUCCGCUGGUGGUUGCCAAGUGAUCUUCACCAACCCGUUAGAGAUUGUCAAGAUUCGUCUCCAGGUGCAAGGAGAGGCUAUUCGUGCGGCGGCUCGAGAAGGCGAACAGCUUAAGAAGCGCACCGCCAUCUGGAUCAUUCGAAAUCUUGGUCUCAGAGGCCUGUACAAGGGUGCAUCGGCAUGCUUGCUGCGCGAUAUCCCCUUCUCCUCGAUUUACUUCCCAGCAUACGCACAUCUCAAGAAGGACUUCUUUGGAGAAUCCCCGACAAAGAAGCUAGGCGUCGUACAACUACUCACUGCUGGUGCCAUUGCUGGAAUGCCAGCUGCCUACCUCACUACACCAGCUGAUGUCAUCAAAACACGUCUGCAAGUCGAAGCUCGCAAGGGAGACGCGACAUACGCCAACAUCCGCGAUUGUGCUCGCAAAGUCUUCAGAGAUGAGGGAUUCAAGGCCUUCUUCAAAGGCGGGCCAGCACGUAUUCUGCGUUCAUCGCCACAAUUCGGCUUCACACUUGCCGCAUACGAGGUUCUGCAGAACGCUUUACCAUUCCCUGGGGACCACGACGACAAGCCCACUCCACGUGGCAGCAUCGAGCCGAUCACUGACGCGCAGGAGCGACAGUCGUCUCUGCCGCAUUUGCGAUGCCGCAACGCUCUCAAGAUCAUAAACGAUCUUGAUCUUGGAUUUGGCAAGGUGAAGCCGCCUCAACAAGGUGGUGGUGUUGGUGGUAUCACCAGCUGGCUUCCCGGCCGUUCGCAGGACAAGUCUGAUCAGCAAUAGCUUGUCUCGGGGAUGCCACCCCUCUAUGACCUGCACAUCUUAAUGAUACCCUGAACAUGGCGGUCGCAGCGGUAGCGGUAGCGUUACACUAGUCGUACGUAGCAAAGGGAACCUUUCAAAAAGAGUGCCAAAGUUGCAUGCGUUGGAAACGCAACAGUGUUGGGAAGAGUCGAAAUUGGUUACAGCAUAGCGUUCACGGCGGGUGUCCAAGGCGUUUUCUUUUCUUUCCUUCCCCUUUGGAGGAUCACGUCUGAGACUGUAUCAUGUUCACAUGAAGGGCAAGGAAAACAUGCUUUUGGACCAGAAGAGAAAAAGAGAGCGAGAAAAGGGAGUGGAGCUAGAGCUAUACAGCUAUACAGCUAGAUAGGUAGGUAGAUACCUUAGGUACCUAGGUAAUGUCGUCUUCUACGCAUGAAGAAAACGACGAAGAUGAUAGACGACGGGAGUCCCGAUCAGAGACACUUGCACGGGAACGAAAAGUGAAAGAAGCAGAGUGUCGCAAGCAAGCAUAGGACGUUGCAAUGUAUCAAGGAAC